AUGGACGAAGGCACCGGGCUGCAGCCCCAGGCGGGAGAGCAGCUGGAAGCACAAGCCACAGUAGGAGCUGUCCAAGAUAAGUGCGAACCAGAGACCUUUAGGUCCAAGAGUUUACCAGUCCUGAACAGCGCCUCCUGCCGGCCAGACCUGAGUCCUGCGCGUGCAGGAGCCAAGCCCGCCAUCGGCUGUACAGAUUCUUUGGGCCAUGAGGAGUUGAAACCAGGCCCAAGUCGGUUGGCCCCCAGUCCCUCUGCUCCUUCCACUUCGGCGGAGAUGGCAGGGCUCAUGGAAUGUAACCACAGGGUGGAAGUCAGCAAAGCCGUGUCGGUGUCCUCCACUUUGGCCACGCUCCAGGGGAGAAGGUGCCUCUAUGUGGUCCUCACUGAUUCCCGUUGCUUCCUGGUUUGCAUGUGCUUUCUGACCUUCAUCCAGGCGUUAAUGGUCUCUGGGUACCUGAGCAGUGUCAUCACCACCAUCGAAAGGCGCUACAGUCUGAAGAGUUCCGAGUCGGGGCUGCUGGUCAGCUGCUUUGACAUUGGGAGCCUGGUGGUGGUGGUGUUCGUCAGCUACUUUGGCGGCCGGGGUCGGAGGCCCCUGUGGCUAGCGGUGGGUGGACUUUUCAUUGCCGUUGGGGCUGCCCUCUUUGCUUUACCUCACUUCAUCUCGCCUCCCUACCAGAUCCAAGAGUUGAAUGCCUCGGCCUCCAACGACGGCCUGUGUCAGAAUGGCAACUCCACCGCGCCUUCCGAACCUCCCGCCUGCCUGAAGGAUUCAGGAGGAAAUAAUCAUUGGGUCUAUGUGGCUUUAUUCAUUUGUGCACAGAUUCUCAUUGGAAUGGGUUCCACACCUAUUUAUACCUUGGGACCAACCUACUUAGAUGACAAUGUCAAGAAAGAAAAUGCAUCCUUGUACCUAGCCAUCAUGUAUGUCAUGGGAGCACUUGGUCCUGCAGUGGGAUAUUUAUUAGGUGGACUUCUUAUUGGUUUUUAUGUCGAUCCCAGAAAUCCUGUUAACCUUGACCAGAAUGACCCUCGUUUCAUUGGAAACUGGUGGAGUGGAUUCCUCCUUUGUGCCGUUGCAAUGUUUCUUGUGAUAUUCCCAAUGUUUACUUUUCCAAAAAAGCUUCCUCCUCGACACAAGAAAAAGAAAAAGAAAAAAUUUUCUGCUGAUAUUGUUAGUGAUGAUGACGUUAUGAAGGAGAAGUCAAACAAUAGUGAACAAGUGGACAAAAAAGUUUCUUCUUUGGGAUUUGGAAAGAAUGUCAGAGACCUACCAAGAGCAGCUGUCAGGAUCUUAAGCAACAUGACAUUCCUUUUUGUGAGUUUGUCAUACACAGCUGAGAGUGCCAUUGUAACUGCUUUCAUUACCUUCAUUCCCAAGUUCAUCGAAUCACAGUUUGGUAUCCCAGCUUCCAAUGCCAGCAUCUACACUGGUGUUAUUAUUGUCCCCAGUGCUGGUGUUGGUAUUGUCCUGGGAGGCUACAUUAUAAAGAAAUUGAAACUUGGUGCAAGAGAAUCUGCCAAACUAGCCAUGAUCUGCAGUGGUGUGUCUUUACUGUGUUUUUCAACCCUAUUUAUUGUUGGAUGUGAAAGUAUUAACCUAGGAGGCAUAAACAUCCCUUAUACAACAGGACCUUCUCUUACCAUGCCCCACAGGAACUUGACAGGAAGCUGCAAUGUUAAUUGUGGUUGUAAAAUACAUGAGUAUGAGCCAGUCUGUGGAUCAGAUGGAAUUACAUACUUUAACCCUUGUCUGGCUGGCUGUGUUAACAGUGGUAAUCUUAGCACUGGGAUAAGGAACUACACAGAAUGCACGUGUGUCCAAAGCCGGCAAGUGAUCACUCCACCUACAGUCGGACAGCGCAGUCAGCUCCGUGUGGUUAUUGUCAAAACCUAUCUCAACGAAAAUGGCUAUGCUGUGUCCGGGAAGUGCAAACGGGCCUGCAAUACCCUUAUCCCAUUCUUAAUUUUUCUCUUCAUUGUCACCUUCAUCACAGCAUGUGCCCAACCAUCAGCCAUCAUAGUAACACUCAGGUCGGUAGAAGAUGAGGAGAGACCUUUCGCGCUGGGAAUGCAGUUUGUUUUAUUGCGAACACUUGCAUACAUUCCUACUCCAAUUUACUUUGGAGCAGUUAUUGACACCACCUGCAUGCUCUGGCAACAGGAAUGUGGAGUGCAAGGCUCUUGCUGGGAGUACAACGUGACAUCAUUUCGUUUUGUCUACUUUGGUUUGGCGGCCGGCCUCAAAUUUGUUGGCUUCAUUUUUAUUUUUCUGGCCUGGUACUCCAUUAAAUACAAGGAGGACGAGCUGCAGAGGCAGAGGUGGAGAGAAUUUCCUCUGAGCACAGUGAGCGAGAUGGUGGGCCACACCGAAAACACCAGUAAGGGUGCCCGGACUAGAUCUUGUCCAGCUUUCAGCAGCCAGGGGGAUUUCCACGAAGAGACUGGUCUGCAGAAAGGGAUCCAGUACACAGCACAGACCUAUUCGGGGCCCUUCCCCGAAGCAAUAAGCUCCUCCCCAGACCCGGGGCUGGAAGAAAGCCCUACUGCCAAGUAG